GCCGAGGCGCGCUCUGUCGGCGCGGGGUUCCUCCCACGCAGCCUCCCAUUCAAAAGAUGCCGAAGGGGCGGCGCGGCAGCCAGAGCCCCACGAUGAGCCAGCGGCCGGCUCCACCCCUCUAUUUCCCGUCCCUCUACGAUCGGGGCAUCUCCUCGUCGCCGCUGAGCGACUUUAACAUCUGGAAGAAGCUCUUCGUGCCUCUGAAGGCGGGCGGGGCGCCGGCGGGCGGGGCGGCCGGGGGGCGAUCCCUCCCCCUCGGGCCCCCAGCCUCGACGCCCUCGCUGCCGCCCGGCCUGGGGCCCCCCAGCGAGCGUCCCUGUCCGCCCUGGCCCUCCGGCCUGGCCUCCAUCCCCUACGAGCCUCUGCGCUUCUUCUACUCGCCAGGGCCCGAGGGGGCUGCCUCGACCUUGGCCCCCGGCCCCACCACGCCCCGGCUCGCCUCUGCCUCCCACCCCGAGGAGCUGUGUGAGCUGGAGAUCCGGAUCAAGGAGCUGGAGCUGCUCACCAUCACUGGGGAUGGCUUCGACUCCCAGCGCUAUAAAUUCCUGAAGGCGCUCAAAGAUGAAAAGUUACAAGGACUGAAGACCAGGCAACCUGCAAAGAAGUCAGCCUCUCUCUCCUGAGGAGCUGCUCUGCAGAGCUGGGCAGCCACCCCCUUAGGUGUUAGUGCUUAGAUAUUGUGUCCCAUUUGUUGUCAUUUCAAAGAUGAUUAUUUUCUGUUCUGUAUUUCUGCUCUAUUUGUUACUCCCAGCUCGUAUCCCACGUACAGUGUUCACUUGCAUGGUAAAUCUCAUAGUUUCUCCUCUGGGAGAAGACCUGGGGAAGCCCCAUCACAGGUUGUAGAAGCUGUGGCCUGGCUAGCAAUCAGUCUCUCCUGAGACAACAGAAGGGGCUCCCAACACUGCUACGAUCAGAUCACACUAUCGGGAAUGAGUGAUGUGUAGGAGGAGUUAGGAAAAAUCAAGGACAAUGUAUAUUUGGUUUGUUGCCAUGUCUCUGCUAGAUAGGUUCUUUGAGAACUAGAACUAAAACUAGAGUUUGA